UCCAUAACUGCAGGGGGAGUUGAAUCUUCUACGCGAUGGCAGGUGGUGUUGCUCUUGGACGUCUUACCGAAGAACGAAAAGCAUGGCGAAAGAAUCAUCCUUAUGGUUUUGUGGCGAAACCGGAAUCUCUUCCUGAUGGUUCAGUCAAUUUGAUGGUUUGGCAUUGUACUAUCCCCGGGAAGGUUGGGACUGAUUGGGAGGGAGGCCAUUACCCGCUUACGGUCAAUUUCACGCAAGAUUAUCCAAGCAAACCACCCGUGUGUAAAUUCCCUCCAGGCUUUUUCCAUCUCAAUGUUUAUGCAUCUGGAGCUGUUUGUCUCUCCAUCCUCAACGAACAAAGUGGGUGGAGACCGGCAAUAACAGUUCGACAACUUCUUGUGGGUAUCCAAGAUCUGUUGGACACUCCCAAUCCUGCAUCACCUGCCCAAUCUGAUUUACAUGGUCUCUUUACCAAGAAUUUGGUGGAGUACAAGAAAAUGGUCCGGCAUCAGGCGAAGCUAUAUCCGGCUCGUGUCUAGAUGUAAUCUAUGGUAGCUUGCAGGUGCUUGGGUUAAGUUAGUUGCAUGUAGUCUAUAUAUAUUGUGUUGAUAGUUUGGGGGAAAAGAGCACCUAAUUGGGAGGGAAAGAUGGUUGUUUUGGAGACAACAGAAUUAAACCUUUAUUUUAUCAGACUGUUUAUUAUUAGCCAUU